ACCGUUGGUAGUAGGGAAGACAAAAGGAAACAUGUUGGGACAAGCGUUUCUUCUUGCCGCCGCCGUGUUAAUGACAUCUGCACAGCAGCAGGGACUUAUAGACAGGACCCUGGGCGCCCCUCUUGGCACCUUAGGAGGAGGGGGAAGCAGUAACUCUGGCAACACUGGCGGGGGUAGCAUGAUGGAUCCCUAUGGUAUGUCCGAUAGAGCCAUCGGGAGGUUUUCCGAUCCAAACAGCCUCCAAAACAGGCAAGGAAACACUAGACAAUCUGGUAGAAAUCCACUCUCCAGUUUGGAAGGACCUACAGGCCGGCUAGGUCAGCUGCCUGGGUUGAGUGGACGUACCGGACUGCUGGGAGGAAAUCAAAGAUCCAGGUCAGACCCGUUUUACAUGGGUGAUGGGAUGAUGAGAGGACAAGAUUCUAGAAGAUUUGGAUUUGAUGGAGAUCGCAUGGGCCAGCAAAGAAGGUUUAUUGGUGGAUCUCCUAAUGACUUUGGAAUGGGACGGGACAGAUUUGAUACGACUCAAGGUGAUGGUAUGUCCGAUAUGUUGAGGAGAGGGGGUCGUCUUUCCGAUUCCACAAACCAGCAGGAUGGUUCACAAGCUGAAACCAAUGACUUUCUGUCAGAUUUCCUUCGUGGAAGACCUUUCACUGGAGACAAUUCUCUUAUUGAUGCAAAUGUUCUGGCUUCAGAAACAAAUUACAAUGAUUUCCGUAGAAGGGGAAGGGGAUCUCGGGAGUCUCCCGGGUUGCUUUCUCAAACCACCUCGUCCUUGCUUCCCGACGGCGUAACCAAUUUGCUUCCUGGCGGUUUAACCGAAAACCUACCUUUAGGUCUGCUCAGAGAUGGUAGACUUCUGGAUCUGAAUAUACUAUCAAGAAGAAGGAACUAUAAUGAUUUCCGUAGACCUCGCACGCCUUCUCAAUCGAGAUCUUCGAGGCGUUCGGGUAGGUUUUCUUCGGACAACUAUAAUGAUAGAUUCCCCUAUGACAGAAACAGAUUUUUGGACGGCAUGACUGGUUUUCCACGCAGGGGAGAAGGUCAGAAUCGAAGAUCAUCACAAUUCAUGAAUUCAAUGAACGACCCACAAAGAAGAUUUGAUAUGAUGAGGUCAAUGCCUCAGAUGCGAUCACCCGGAAUGAGGCAGGAUCAAGGACGUUUUACUGAUCGAAUGAGUGGAAGGGGAAUGGAUAGAAUGAUGCAGAACACUGAACCUCGAUUCCAAACUUCAGGUACCCAAGAGAGGGCUCUAAGGGAAAGACCAACAGGAACUAACCAGAUAGGUGGCACUGCAACACCAGGCGCUUCCGGAACGGGAUCAGGAGGAACACUUAAUGUGAUAUAAAUAAACUUAAUUAUCAAUAAAAUUCUAAAAAUGGCA